AGGAUCGCAAGGCGCAUUAUAAUUGCCCCACGCCCUUGUUCAUCCAACUGCGGCACUUUAAGAUAUUUCUGCGCCCCUUCCAUCCCCUCUCCGCUUCUCAACUAAUCCAACAGCAGCACCAAACCAUCAGAUCAAGCCUUUCUCUUUAAUUCCGCAGUGUUUUCUUGUUGAUUGCCUCAGUUUUUUUUUUCUUCUUCCUUUCCGGUUUGUGUACCAGUUAUGGAACCACGAGUUGGCAACAAGUUUCGCCUGGGUCGUAAGAUUGGGAGCGGUUCCUUCGGCGAGAUUUUUUUAGGUACUAAUGCUCAAACUAAUGAAGAAAUAGCAAUCAAACUUGAAAAUGUCAAAACAAAGCAUCCACAGCUGCAAUAUGAAUCAAAACUUUACAGGAUUUUACAAGGAGGAACUGGCAUUCCAAAUGUGCGAUGGUUUGGCAUAGAAGGAGAUUAUAAUGUUCUUGUUAUGGAUUUGUUGGGCCCAAGCCUUGAAGAUUUGUUUAAUUUUUGUAGCCGAAAACUCUCUCUGAAGUCUGUCCUGAUGCUAGCUGAUCAGAUGAUCAACCGUGUUGAAUAUCUUCACUCUAAAUCUUUCCUGCAUCGAGAUAUCAAACCAGAUAACUUUUUGAUGGGCUUGGGGAGGCGAGCAAAUCAGGUCUACAUUAUUGAUUUCGGAUUAGCCAAGAAGUACAGGGACACCACAACCCAUCAGCACAUUCCGUAUAGGGAGAACAAGAAUUUGACUGGAACAGCAAGAUAUGCUAGCAUAAACACUCACCUUGGAGUUGAGCAAAGCAGGAGGGAUGAUUUGGAGUCUCUUGGAUAUGUUUUCAUGUAUUUCUUGAGAGGAAGCCUCCCAUGGCAGGGUUUAAAGGCUGGAAAUAAGAAGCAGAAAUAUGAAAGAAUUAGUGAAAGAAAAGUUUCCACAUCUAUUGAGGCCUUAUGUCGUGGUUAUCCAUCAGAAUUUGCAUCAUACUUCCACUAUUGUCGUUCACUACGUUUUGAUGAUAAACCUGAUUAUGCAUAUCUUAAGAGAAUACUUCGUGAACUCUUUAUCCGUGAAGGUUUUCAAUUUGACUAUGUGUUUGAUUGGACCAUUUUGAAAUACCAGCAGGCACAAAUUGCAGGUGUUCCACCACGAGCUGUGGCUCUUGCAGAUGGACCUAGCUCUGGUUUGGCCCCUGCCACUACUAAUGUUGAUAGGAAGUCUGGUGUUGAAGGAGCAAGAACAAAUGGUUGGGCAGGGGAUCAGUCGCGUUUGCAAUUCUCUGCACCAAUUGCAAAUGCUGGUAACAUAUACAAUGAGAAGAGUCCAGCAAUAAAUGAUCCAGCUGUCCCAAGAGAAACUACUCCAUCGAGCUCAGCAUUUGUGAGGCGGUCAGGUGGGUCUUCAAGCCGAGCCUUGGCUUCUAGCAACCGUGAUGUAAUGCCGAGCAGCGACUCAAAUAUAUCACAUACCCGCACAAAAGAAGCAAGCCCUGCAGUCUUUACUAAAGUUUCAGCACAGCGAGGUUCCCAAGCUAUAUUGACAGACCCCAAAUAUUCAUCAGCCGGCAGGCAUCGAGCUAUGGACUACGAAUCUACACUCAGAGACCUUCACGGCCUUAACCUUGACAAUGAUGGAAGGCCCGCGUAUUAGCAUUCUCCUUGGAGUUGAUAUUCACCUCCUCAUCCAUUGUAAAUAGAAACCCUAAACUACCAUAAUUCUAAGCAAUGCAUUGCUAUGGAUUCAGAGAAACUCCCUGUUUCUUAUUCAAUUAAGGAUCCAGGGACUUGCAAAAAAAGCCUAGCUUUAUGUCGAAGCCAGGGAAAGGGGUGUGGUUCUUGCUAUUGUAUGUGGGUGUAUAUAUUUGUGAUAUAUGAGGAGAUCACUAUCAAUCUACUUGUUUUCAAUUGCAUAAUAGAUCAACAAACUGUUGCUUAGGCA